CAAAGUCCAAACCCGGCCACCCGCCAGGCUAUCCCAUAAAUCCCCAAUCGAACUUCCCUUAACCGUCCAAUUGCCACCACAUACUCGCUUCCCAAUUUAAUACGUCUCGCUCGCGAGACCACUGCUUCUCUCUUCUAUCUUUAUUGCACACUCUCCACAGCCACAAAGUACAGCACUUCACUCCUACUGUUAGCUGGUAAGUCUCCCCGCGCCUUCUCUAUUCUUCGCCUCCCAUUUCCGGCCGCCAGGAGUUCUUAUUUUCCGUCAAAUUUCUGCAGAUCCUCUCACUAAUAACUGCAUACCUACGCAGGCAGUGUGACGCUUCCCAAGUGCGGGAAUAGGAUUCGUGCCGGUACUGGUUCGCAGAAAUCCUCCUGUGUCAGUAGGAAAUUUGGGUUUCUGUUGAGGGUCAUCAAUUUCAAUUCUUUCCCCUCUCACGAUUUGAUCCAAUAACGAUGGCCUCUUCGAUUGUGAAUGGAGCUGAAAACUUCGCUCUCCUUAGAGGGGUUGGCAUAACCCCAAGAGGGUUAGGCGUAUUGGGUUCAGAUUUGCAGGGGAGGAAUUUCCCUAAAUUGAAUUUAGUAUCUGUCAAUAGGAUGUCUAGGUGUGCGACAAUGGUGCCUAAGUGCAGCUUAUCUGCCUCCAGACCAGCAUCCCAGCCCAGGUUUAUACAGCACAAGCAAGAGGCAUUUUGGUUUUACAGAUUCCUGUCUAUUGUGUAUGACCAUGUGAUAAACCCUGGCCACUGGACCGAGGACAUGAGGGAUGAUGCCCUUGAGCCUGCUGAUCUCAGUGACAGGAGAAUGAUUGUGGUGGAUGUGGGUGGUGGUACUGGUUUCACCACUCUGGGGAUUGUGAAGCACGUGGAUGCCAAAAAUGUCACCAUUCUGGAUCAGUCUCCGCAUCAGCUGGCAAAGGCCAAGCAGAAGGAGCCUCUAAAGGAAUGCAAGUUUGUGCUGGGUGAUGCUGAAGACCUACCCUUUAAGACUGACUAUGCGGAUAGAUAUGUAUCUGCUGGGAGUAUUGAGUACUGGCCUGACCCACAGCGUGGAAUCAGAGAGGCAUAUAGGGUCUUGAAGCUGGGUGGAAAAGCAUGUUUAAUUGGUCCUGUUUAUCCUACAUUUUGGUUGUCUCGCUUCUUUGCGGACGCCUGGAUGCUCUUCCCGAAGGAGGAAGAGUACAUUGAGUGGUUUACGAAGGCUGGGUUUAAGGAUGUUCAAUUAAAGCGGAUUGGCCCAAAGUGGUAUCGUGGUGUUCGUCGACAUGGACUUAUCAUGGGAUGUUCUGUUACAGGUGUUAAACCUGCCUCUGGAGAUUCUCCUUUGCAGCUUGGUCCGAAGGCUGAGGAUGUGUCAAAGCCUGUAAAACCGUUUGUGUUCCUGAUGCGCCUCAUUUUGGGUGCCAUGGCCGGAGCAUAUUAUGUAUUGGUACCCAUCUACAUGUGGAUCAAAAAUCUAAUUGUGCCCAAAGGUAUGCCCAUCUAAGGAGAAGAAGAGUCUUUUAGGAGCUGUAUCUCUGUAUGAGGUCUUCUUUGCACACUUGUGAACCCUCCUUGGAGAUCUAGUUUUGUGGUUUCAAAAGCUGUCAAAGUCGUUGCGACUUGUGGGAUCACAUGAGUGGCGAUGUAGCCUAUCUUUCUCCAAACCAAAGCCACAUUAGCUAUUUGAUGUAAAAUCAGGCUGAUGAGUUCUUUUAUUUCUCUUUAUUUAUCUGGAGUUGUUGAAUACCAAGGUGAUUUCUUCAAUGUCGUAAGUUAUAACAACCAACAAUUUAAGCACAGAUAUUCUUGAUGGUUCAUAAUAAGCAAACUACUUGAGAACUAAUAAUGAUCGAGAAUGCGAAUGGAUAAUACAACUCAUAAUGAAAAUGCAUGAC